UUGUGAAUGGAAUGUGAUUGGAUUUUGAAUUUGAUAAUUUGCUCUCACAUAAUAUAAUUUAUUAGAUUUUAAAGAUUUUACUUUGGUCUAACUCGAGGCAUAGAUUAGCCCAGUUGUUUUGGAAAUAGAAGUUAUAAUCAAUAUUCAGUAUUGUAAAAGUGAACUUUUUUUAGUUUAUCAGCAAUUUAUGUGUGUGUCUUACAAAUUAACCCACUACACCAAUUCAUAUAAUUUAGUUAUGGAAACGUUCUGCACCUGAUUGGACUUUGUUAAUGAAUCAAGACAAAUGCAGCAUUCUUGUGCAAUUAUGAAGUAAUGCAGAUUUUGCAGAAGUUAAAAGAUAAUGCACAGAAGAAACACAAAAGGGAGGGAUCAUUAGCUACUGUGACCUAUGAGACAGUUCACUACUUACAAGACACAGAAUGUAAAAAUCAAAGUGCAGAAUCCAUCCAGAAGUUUCUGGAAGAAAUGAAAGCUUUCAAAUUGACAAAAUCUGAAAAGCUGAUGAUGGUGAAUACACCUCCUCGCACUGAGCUGGAGAUACAGUUGAUUGUCCAAGAAAGUGAGGAGAGAUUAUCAGAAGAGAAUGUCAGAAAAAUUAUAGACUUGGCAAAUGAAUUCCUUCCAGCAACUUCAUAGUGUAAACUGUAAAGUGACUUUGGUCUAUUUAAUCUAUUCUUUUAGUUAAGUGUAAGUAUUGGAAAUAAAUUUAAUUAUGGUUUU